AGUACUUCUCGAACCACACCCGAAUAGCCGACAGUUGGGACCCUGGUCAGGCUUGGUUAACCUUGGGUCUCGUGAUAGCGUCUGCCGUAGCCGUGUUUGCAUACAUGGUCUACACUGUCAGGUCUGGCCAGUGGAAAAAACUUCCAGAAAAGCUCAAAGCUCAAAUGAUGGUUAACGUGGUCGUUGCUGAAUCUCUCUUUGUGGCGCGCGUGUGGGUCCCUCUUGGACCAGGCUGUGCAGCGCUCGCGGUAAUUCUGCACUACUCCCUACUGACGGCCUUCACAUCCAUGAACGCACUGGCUAUGGAUAUCUUUCUCACAUUUGGUGAUUCUUUAGAAAGACCGAAACUGCACCAGUACCUGAUGUAUACCUGGCUGACGCCGGUGCCUAUAGUCGUAGUGACAGUGAUUAUAGAAUUCGGUAGUUCUGUCAGGGUGGGUUACGGAGAGAACUGUUGGAUUGGCAAUCCUGUAGCCAGUCUGCUGGCUUUUGGAGUUCCUGUCCUCUGUGCCCUUGUAGCCAAUGCGGUCUUGGUUGCUUUGGCCUUGCUGGCCAUACGGAAGACUUUCAAGAUAGCCGACGCUGCAAACUCGCGCUCAAACAGUACCAAGGCUUGGGUUUACCUGCGUAUCUCCUUUCUGAUGGGGUUCACCUGGCUUCUGGGCUUCAUCUACCCUUUUGUUAACAACAGUGUUUUGGAGUACAUAUUCAUAGUGCUGAAUGCUUCUCAAGGCCUGCUGCUGACUCUGAUAGUGACAUUAACGGGUGAAGUGGUAGAGAAGGGGAUGUCUGCCAUCAGGGCAUGCUUUGGUUUGGCUGAACCUGAGCAGAACAAUGGAGCAACCACAACUACCAGCAACCGGCGGACAAGAGGAAUAACAGCUCAGGUAACGGAAGGGGAAACCGACUUUGCUGAGGAAAUGCCCAUGACAACUUUAACUGAUGUAGACAAAAGGGCACACCGUCAGCAAACUAAAGUUCUUCAGGGCAACGAACAAACCUCUCUUGCCAGUCACCUGGCAAACGACAUGGGGGGAACAGAGGCAACGGCAGGUGGAACCGGCUCUGCUGAAGAGAUACCCAUGACAACAUUUGCCGUUGUGGAAGUGGAGGAGAACAAAGAACAUCUGCGUCGUGGUGAAGAACCUCGUCAGAACAGUGAACGGACCGCCACUGACAGCAAACAGCAGGUCACUGAAGGGGAAACAGAGCCGACAGCAGGUGGAACCGACUCUGCUGAAGAAAUAUCCAAGACAUCAUUUGCCGUUGUGGACGUGGAAAAAAACAAUGAACGUCCACAUCUGGUAGAGCUUCGUCAGAACAGUGGACAAACCACCACUGAGAGCAAACAGCAGGCCACUGAAGGGGAAACGAAGAGAACGACAGGUGAUAACGGCUCUGCUGAAGAAAUAUCCAAGACAACGUUUGCCGUUGUGGACGUGGAUGAGAACAAGGAACAUCUGCGUCUUGAAGAGCCUCGCCAGAACAGUGGACAAACCAUCACUGACAGCAAACAGCAGGCCACUGAAGGGGGAACGAAGGGAACGCCAGGUGAUACCGGUUCUGCUGAAGAAAUAUCUAUGACAACUUUUGCCGUUGUGGACGUGGAAGAGAAGAUGUUAGGUCUUCAUCUGGGAGAGUCUCGUGACGACUGUGAACGAACUGCUGGCAGCCAGCAGGCCAUCACAGGGGAAACAGAGGCAAGUGAAAUGAACUCUGCUAUGAAAAUACCCAUGACAACCUUUCCUGGUGUCGAAAAAAACUGA